AUGCAGCGAGCUCUCUCUGCUUCCUCCCGGGCUUCGGUCCUUGCAUCUGCUGCUUCUACCAGGACUCGGCUCUCUCAGUUCCGGCCAGCUCUUGCUGCUGGUGUCAGCCUUCAGCAGCAGCGAUAUGCCCAUAAGGAGAUCAAAUUCGGCGUUGAGGGCCGUGCCUCGCUCCUUAAGGGUGUCGACACCCUCGCUAGAGCCGUCACUGCUACACUAGGCCCUAAGGGACGAAAUGUCCUAAUAGAAUCCCCCUACGGCUCUCCAAAGAUCACCAAGGACGGUGUCACCGUUGCUAAGGCCGUUGCUUUGGAAGACAAGUUCGAGAACUUGGGAGCUCGUCUUCUCCAGGAUGUUGCUUCCAAGACCAACGAGGUUGCUGGUGACGGAACUACCACUGCUACCGUCCUUGCCCGUGCCAUCUUCUCCGAGACCGUCAAGAACGUUGCUGCUGGUUGCAACCCAAUGGAUCUCCGAAGAGGUAUCCAGGCCGCAGUUCAGUCCGUUGUCGAGUACCUACAGGCCAACAAGCGUGAUAUCACCACGACCGAGGAGAUUGCCCAGGUUGCUACUAUCUCUGCUAACGGAGAUACUCAUGUUGGCAAGCUUAUCUCCAACGCCAUGGAGAAGGUUGGCAAGGAAGGUGUCAUCACCGUAAAGGAUGGAAAGACCAUUGAUGACGAGCUCGAGGUUACCGAGGGUAUGCGUUUCGACCGUGGAUACACCUCCCCAUACUUCAUCACCGACCCCAAGACCCAGAAGGUUGAGUUCGAGAAGCCUCUGAUCCUUCUUUCUGAGAAGAAGAUCUCUGCCGUCCAAGACAUCCUCCCAGCCCUCGAGGCUUCCACCACCCUUCGCCGGCCAUUAGUCAUCAUUGCUGAAGAUAUCGAUGGUGAGGCUCUCGCUGUCUGUAUCCUCAACAAGCUCCGUGGCCAGCUCCAGGUUGCUGCUGUCAAGGCUCCUGGAUUCGGUGACAACCGCAAGAGCAUCCUCGGUGAUAUCGGAAUUCUCACCAACGCCACUGUCUUCACCGAUGAGCUCGACAUGAAGCUUGACAAGGCUACCCCCGAGAUGCUCGGAUCCACCGGUUCCAUCACCAUCACCAAGGAGGACACCAUUAUUCUCAAUGGUGAGGGCAGCAAGGACUCCAUUGCUCAGCGCUGUGAACAGAUCCGUGGUGUCAUUGCCGACCCUGCCACCUCUGACUACGAGAAGGAGAAGCUUCAGGAGCGUUUGGCCAAGCUCUCCGGCGGUGUUGCCGUCAUCAAGGUUGGCGGUGCCUCUGAAGUCGAGGUCGGUGAGAAGAAGGACCGUGUCGUUGACGCCCUCAACGCCACCCGUGCUGCCGUUGAGGAAGGUAUCCUCCCCGGUGGUGGUACUGCCCUCCUCAAGGCCUCUGCCAACGGCCUUGCUAAUGUCAAGCCAUCCAACUUUGACCAGCAGCUCGGUGUCAGCAUUGUGAAGAGCGCCAUCACCCGCCCAGCCCGCACCAUCGUCGAGAACGCUGGUCUUGAGGGAAGCGUUGUCGUUGGUAAGCUCACUGACGAGUUUGCCGGUGACUUCAACCGUGGCUUCGACAGCUCCAAGGGAGAGUACGUUGACAUGAUUGCUUCCGGUAUCGUCGACCCCCUCAAGGUCGUCCGCACCGCCCUUGUUGACGCCAGUGGUGUUGCCUCGCUCCUUGGAACCACCGAGGUCGCCAUCGUCGAUGCACCCGAGCCCAAGGCUGCCCCUGCCCCUGGUGGCAUGCCUGGAAUGGGUGGCAUGGGUGGCAUGGGCGGUAUGUACUAA